AAAGCUCUAGAGCUGUGGACUACCACUCCCGUGAGGUAGUGCGGAAUUCCACCCUGUUCGCGGCGUCUUCGAACGCGCCGCGGCAGCCAUGUUGGACGUGGCCAGCACCGGGGCCGGCACCACGGGGUUAUCCAAGCAGCUGUCAUGAUGCUGGGGUCCCUGGUGUUAAGGAGAACAUCGCUGGCGCCGCGGCUCCUCCUCCAUCUGCUUAGGUCUCCAUCGCUCGGAAGCCACCGAGGUCCCUCCGGCCGGAGUGUGACCACCGGCGGCUGCGGGGAGCCGCCGUGGCUAAGGGCGGCCAUCGGGGGGCGUCUUGCAACAUCGCUGGCCUCGCUCACCCGAAGAGGGGCAGCCACCGGGGGGCGCCACGGAAGACGCACGGAGACCCAGUGCCUCUCAGCCGCCACAUGGGGACGCCUUCCUGGCCCCGAAGACACACUCCCCGGACAGAACUGCUGGAAUGGGGUCCCCACCAGAGCCAGACUGGGCAUGUGGGCCCUGGCCACGGCGCUGGUGGUUCACUGUUACAGCAAGAGCCCGUCCAACAAGGAUGCAGCCCUGAUGGAAGCUGCUCGAGCCAACAAUGUUCAAGAAGUCAGCAGGCUGUUGUCGGAAGGUGUAGAUGUCAAUGCAAGGCACAAACUUGGUUGGACAGCGCUUAUGGUGGCAGCCAUCAGCCGAAACGACAGUGUGGUGCAGGUCCUGCUUGCUGCUGGUGCUGACCCAAACCUUGGAGACAAUUUUAGCAGUGUUUACAAGACUGCAAAGGAGCAGGGAAUCCAUUCUUUGGAAGAUGGGGGACAGGACUGUGCGAGCUGGAGCAUCACAAACCAGUGGACAAGUGCCCUGGAAUUCAGGAGAUGGCUAGGAGUCCCUACUAGCGUCCUGGUCACCCGAGAGGAUGACUUCAACAACCGGCUGAACAACCGCGCCAGCUUCAAGGGCUGCACAGCCCUGCACUAUGCUGUCCUUGCCGACGACUACCGCACAGUCAAGGAGCUGCUGGAUGGAGGAGCCAAUCCCCUACAGAGGAAUGAAAUGGGACACACACCCUUGGACUAUGCCCGAGAAGGGGAAGUGAUGAAGCUUCUAAGGACUUCUGAGGCCAAGUACCAGGAGAAGCAGCGGAAGCGUGAAGCUGAGGAGCGGCGCCGAUUUCCACUGGAGCAGCGGCUAAAGGAGCACAUCAUUGGCCAGGAGAAUGCCAUUGCCACAGUGGGUGCAGCGAUCCGGAGGAAGGAGAAUGGCUGGUAUGACGAAGAACACCCUCUGGUCUUCCUCUUCUUGGGAUCAUCUGGAAUAGGAAAAACAGAGCUGGCCAAGCAGACAGCCAAAUACAUGCACAAAGAUGCCAAAAAGGGCUUCAUCAGGCUGGACAUGUCUGAGUUCCAGGAGCGGCAUGAGGUGGCCAAGUUUAUUGGGUCCCCACCAGGCUACAUCGGCCACGAGGAGGGUGGCCAACUGACCAAGAAGCUGAAACAAUGCCCCAAUGCCGUGGUGCUCUUUGACGAGGUGGACAAGGCCCAUCCAGAUGUGCUUACCAUCAUGCUGCAGCUGUUUGAUGAGGGUCGGCUGACAGAUGGAAAAGGGAAAACCAUCGACUGCAAGGACGCCAUCUUCAUUAUGACCUCCAAUGUGGCCAGUGACGAGAUCGCACAGCACGCACUGCAGCUGAGGCAGGAAGCUUUGGAGAUGAGCCAUAACCGUAUUGCUGAGAACCUUGGAGAUGUCCAAAUUAGUGACAAGAUCACCAUAUCAAAGAAUUUCAAAGAGAAUGUGAUUCGGCCCAUCCUGAAAGCUCACUUCCGGAGGGAUGAGUUUUUGGGACGAAUCAAUGAGAUCGUCUACUUCCUCCCUUUCUGCCACUCGGAGCUCAUCCAGCUAGUCAACAAGGAACUGAACUUCUGGGCCAAGAGAGCCAAGCAAAGGCACAAUAUCACACUGCUCUGGGACCGAGAGGUGGCAGACGUGUUGGUUGAUGGCUACAAUGUGCACUAUGGCGCCCGCUCCAUCAAGCAUGAGGUAGAACGCCGUGUGGUGAACCAGUUGGCAGCUGCCUAUGAACAGGACCUGCUGCCAGGGGGCUGUACUCUGCGCAUCACUGUGGAGGACUCAGACAAGCAGCUACUCAAGAGCCCUGAUCUGCCCUCACCCCAGACUGAGAAGCGCUCACCUACAUUACGGUUGGAGAUCAUCGAUAAGGACAGCAAGACCCACAAACUGGACAUCCGGGCACCACUACACCCUGAGAAGGUGUGCCACACCCUCUAGCCUCUACCUACCUGCCUAGUGCCCUCAACGUCCAAUAAAGGCCCCUCAGCUGUGGCAUGGCAACCGA